UUUAAAUCAUUUCCAUGUUUUCCAAAUUAUAAUUUGUAUAAAAAGCCAUAUUGAAAAGAUUAUUUUUGGAUUAAUUUAUUACUCAAUGACAUGACAUUAUUUCGACCAGCAGUGUAGAGUGGAUAUUGCAUGCAAGUUGUAUGUAUAGUAUACAUCAUGUGUGCUUAUAAUCUGCAGGAUAAGAACAUCUACUUGUGUCCAAGCUUCUUACAAUAAUAAAAGUAUCGGUAUGAUUUGAUGUACAAUAAUUUUUUAAUUUUUAUUUAAUAAACCGAUUAUUGUCUAUCAUGGAUGAGCAGACAGUGAACUUGAACAUUUCAAACAUUUUACCUCUUCCGUCAUCUCCAAGCCGUUGUCAUCAGAUGAAGCAUUCUCCUCAUCAAGCAAAACGGAAUCAUUCGCAAAAGUUUGACCAUGCAACACAUGAUAAUUCGACAGAAAAAUCAAACAACUUAAAAGGCAACAAAAACAUUUUAGAAGUUGUUUCUUAUGAUGGCAAAUGGUUUGCAUUGAGUAACAGUUGUUAUGAAAAAUGUAAAAGUUCUAGCUGUAUUAAUUUCAAUGUGAUGAAGUUCGACAAUCUGCCUUUAGAUUUACAGGAAAAAAUAAGAGUUUUCGCAAACAACAUGAAUUGUAACAUUUACGAAGUGACAACAACUAAUCGAUCCAUGGAAAUGUCAACAAACUGUAAGGAAUUAGAAUAUGAUAAACUUAUAGGCGUUCAUUUAGAAACAGUCUUGAGUGGAGUUACAAACUCAUCAAACAUGCAAAUAGACGGAAGCUCGGAGAAUGAUGUUGGUUUCUUGGAGGAAUGUGACUCAACAAGCAGUAGCGAGGGAGAAUGGAGUGGAGACGAGAGCAAGGAAGGCAUGGAUGGGUACGAUGACAGCUGCGACCAACAACACACGAACGUCAGCCAUGAUGAAGGGCUGCCAUUCAACCGUAAUGAAAAAAAUUCACUGUAACAAUGAUGAUAACAACUAAAAUAAAUAUACACACUUUUUGGUAAAAAAACUUUUUUUAUACAAUAUUCUAAAAAUUCUAUGCUGGUUUCAGUAUUGUUAAUUUCAUAACGUAGUUUUUCUAUAUUAAGAUAAAAUUACGUUAUUAGGUUAAUAAUGUUGAAACCAGCCUAGAAUGAUGACCAAUAUCAAUAUUUUUUCUGCCGUUAUUAAAGACUUCACUGGUUGUUUCCUUGUUAAAAGUUUGAAAGCCAAACGACUCUUUCAUCAAAAUCUCAAACAUGAUUUGCCGAAUAAAAGUAAAAUUUAUUUUCAA